AUGUCGAACCAACAACUCGUCUUAGUUACCGGUGUUACAGGCUUCAUUGGAGCCCAUGUUGCUGUAUCUUUGCUCAACAAAGGUUACCGUGUGCGUGGUACCGUCCGUACCAUGGAUAAGGCUAACGAACUUGUCCGUUUGAACCCCGAGCUCAAGGACAAGAUCGAGUUUGUCAUUGUCAAGGACAUUAUGGCUCCCUAUGCCUUUAAGGAUGUCAUCAAGGACUGUGACUAUGUCUGUCAUAUUGCUUCUCCUUUCAUCGUCGAAAACAUCACAAAUAACAAGGAUCAACUCUUGGACCCUGCUGUAAAUGGUACACUCAGUGCCUUGGAGGCAGCCGUCACUGAACCCAAGGUAAAGCGCGUGGUCAUCACUUCUUCCUUUGCUGCGAUUGGAAACUUCACCGUCGAUCCCUCCAAUGGAUAUACCUAUACUGAGAAGGACUGGAACCCCAUUACUUACGACGAAGCUGUAUCUGCUAACAAUGGUAUUGUUGCCUAUUGUGCCUCCAAGAAGUUGGCUGAAAAGGCUGCUCGUGAAUGGGUAAAGGAAAAGCAACCCCAUUUCGAUAUUAGCACUGUCAACCCUCCUUAUGUGUUUGGCCCUCCUAUUCACCCCAUGAACAGUAUGGACUCUUUGAACACUUCGAACCAGAUUUUAUGGACAGUCAUCAAUGGUUCCAAGGUUCAACCUUCGAUCCAACACGUAGAAGUCGAUGUUCGUGACGUUGCCAAUGCCCACGUUUUAGCUCUUGAAAGCCCACACUUGAGCAAUGGCCGUUUGCUUGUCUCUUGUGGUCCUUUCUCCACCAAUAGCAUAAGCAAGGUUCUUCGUGACAGAUUCCCUGAAAAGAAGGAUGUCAUUUCCGAACCUUCUGAUGUUCCCUUCAAUGAGAAGCAUUACACUUUGGACAACUCUCUCUCCAAAUCUCUCGGUCUGAAGUACUAUAGCGAAGAGCAAACUUACAUCGACACUGCCGCGAAGCUUUGGGAGCGUGCUGAACAAUUUGCCAAAGCUAAGCUGUACUGA